AUGAAUGUAGAGAAUCUCGAAAUUGUUGGUCUCAAUAAUGAUCGUUGUCUUGUUUGCAAUGCCUUUUCAAAAGGAGUUCACAAUAAAUGCAGGAGUUGUCGUGCUUGUGCUGCUUUUUAUAAGAGAGCUGUUGUUUUGAAUGCUUCAUAUAAAUGUAAAAAAGGAAAUUUUCAAUGUAUAAUUGAUCAUAGUAAAAAAAUUUUAUGUAAAGCUUGUAGAUUUCAAAAAUGUAAAAAUAUAGGGAUGGUAUUAAAACGUUCUGUUAAUAAUAAUGAUAAAUCUGAAGAUGAAUUAUGUAUUGACUCAUCUAAGAUAAAGUCAAAUAAUAAAAACGAUGAUAAAACUUUUAACUUAUUAACAAAUCUUACAAUUUCAUCAAGUAUUAAUUCUUUAUCAAAAGAUAUGUCUGUUAAUUUAAAUGAUAUCAUUUAUCAAAUUAAAAAAAUAUUUAAUAAGAAUAGUUUUUGUAAUGAUAAUCAAUUAUUAAUACAUGAUACAUGUCUUCAAAAUACAAUAAAAGCUAUUGAACCAAAUAUGGAAGAAAUUCAACGUAAUAUAUUAUUUUGGAAAAAAUUUAUAAUAUUAACAUCUGAAAUGUUAAUUGAAAUUCCAGAAUUUUCUAUAUUAUCUUAUCAAAAUAAAAUGCAACUUUUUAGACACUUUUGGCCUUUUUGGUUUAUACUUUUUCGUGUUUGGAGAGCAAUUGAAGUAUUUGGACCAAAUAUGGAAUUUCCUUGUGCUUAUCUUGAUGAUAAUGGUUUUGUAAAACUUAUACCUUUUAACGAUACAAAUCCUAAUUUGUCACAUGAAGAUAUUGAAAAAGUAGCUAAACAUAUAAAUCCAUUAAUAACUUAUCUUGCUGAUUAUAUUUAUACGCCGUUAAAAUCUGUCAACCCAUCAAUUGUUGAAAUUGCAUACUUAGCAAUACAAAAUUUAUUUACCAAUAAAGAUACAAAAAAUUUUUCAACAACAUUUUAUGAAAGAAAUAAAGUUUUAUUAGGUACUUCAUGUAAUGAAUUACAUGAAUAUUAUAUAAAAACAAAAAAAAAUGAUAAUUAUGUUCAAAGAAUAACAAAUUUAAUGAAAGUAUUUUUUUCAAUUUAUCGUUUUAUAGAACAAGCUAAUGAAUUUUCAAUUAUUGGUAAGAUUCUUGAAAUGUAUCAAUGUAAUGUAUUUAAAUCUGAAAUUUCACCUUCUGUUGUAAUAUAA